AAACUCAGGUUACGUGCACAAUAAGAAUCCCAACACCAAUUCGUCGUCAACAAACGUGCAUUCCUUCAUCACUACGUAUACGCACCUCAAAGAUCCAAUCUUUGAAGCAAGUUUCCUUUCCUGAGGCAAACAGAAUAAUCGAUGGCGAAAGAGAAGCAGCCCCAGAAGAAGGAUACAGAGAAGCCGUCAAUUGACAGAAAGCUCAGGGCUAAAACGAAUACGAACCCUUACAGAGGGGUUCGAAUGAGGAAAUGGGGAAAAUGGGUGUGUGAGAUAAGAGAGCCGAAUAAGAGAACGCGCCUCUGGUUGGGAUCAUAUGCUACUCCUGAGGCCGCCGCCAAAGCUUAUGAUACCGCCGCCUUUUAUCUCAGGGGAAAAUCUGCUGCUCUUAAUUUUCCGCUUGAUGUUUUCGGAGGUCUCGAGUUCGAGUCUUCUCGGCCCCAAAUGACGAGGCAGGAUAUUCAGAAGAAGGCCGCUAGUAUUGGUGCAGCCGUCGACGCCAUAAUCGGUAGGAGCGGUGUGCCCGCAGGUCAAGGGUUCGAAUCCCUGCGACAGCAAUCGGAAGAUUUUAUGCAGAGAGUGGUUUCACCUAUCAAAGAGACGAAGCCCGCCAUUAUUGUUGAGUAGUUUGUUUACAGGGUGUUUUUGUGGUAGUAAUUUGUUUUGGUUUGUAAUCAAUGGUGUCGGACGUGGAAGAAGGUUUUUGAAGAUCGUUCAGGAGAAGCACGUAUAUUUUGUAAUAUUAUAAUUUCAUUUAGUUGCUUCUGAAUAGGACAGGAUUCAGAAGUAAUUAAAUGAUAUUAAUAUAGAUUAUGGAAAUCUGAAAUAUUAGUU